UCACACAAAAUUAUGGAACAAUAACAAACUAUAAAUAAAAUUUUUUACAGCUAAAUCAUUGGCAACCCUUUCAACAUUUCAGCAGAAGACCUGAAUGUUUUCAAACACCACAACCAAAUGUCAUCGCAGAAAGCAUUUUAAUAAAAAAGUUAUUUUUUUCAUAAACUGAACAUGGAUGUCCUGAGAACUAGUUUGUUGAAGACUUACUCUUCAAUUGAAAUACAUAGACUUAAAUGGAACGAAAUUCUACAAGGGUUUGAAUCGUCACUUAAGGUCAUGUCAGGAUUAAGUGAUCAGCUAGAGUGUGUACUGAAAACGGAACCAUGCGAGCUUUCGAGAAAAUUUCCCGAUUUAAACGGCAGACUGGAACAAAUCAUCAGGGCCUUAAUGGAAGAAGAGAUGAUUACUAUGGUACUUUUGCUAGAAGAGCUCAACCAGGAAAAUCAACGAAUAAAAAAUAUUUGUGAAGUUACAUAUAAACUUUAUGUGGAAGACUUUGAUACAAUCCAAGCUGACACAACAUUCUAUGAAGGAACUUCUCUUUAUCCUCCAGUCAGUUUGAUGAUAGAGUGGAUGGAUGAGAUCAACAUGUGCUAUGCCAACAGACUGAUCAAUGCAAAGCAUUUGUUGGAGAUUUUUAAUUAUUCAUCCCAAUCUGUGACCAACUUGCAGAAUAUGUUAGAUCCCAAGGCCAAGACCAAUUUUUCUACAGUUGAUGCUAUAAUGGCAAAAAUGUCCAUUUUUCUUCUCGAAAAAUAAUACAUUUUUACAUUGUUAAC